AUGACUGAACUAUGGAAAGCGCGGCGUCUUGGUCUAAAGCUGGACAAAGAGAUCCAACAGCUACAGGUUACGCUGAGUGAACUGGAUACGGUGAGACCGAAAAAGACCACCUACAUCAAACGAGCCAACGUUUUCUUCUUGGAACAAAGAGAUGCUAUCGUCCAGACCAAAAAGAACGAGCUGAAAGACAAGGAAAAGAUGCGACCUGAAUUUAGGUAA